ACAAGCCCAAGACUCCUCGACUAAGUAUGCGGUCUUCGUCCUUCAAGUCCUCCGUCAGCGUCACGCACAUCAGCACGGCGACGGCCAUCUUGACCAUUGACGACGUCAACUUCUUGCUCGACCCAGCUUUCGGCAACCAUGGCGACUUCCAGCAACGUGACGGUGUCCUGCUCACGAAGACUGACGACCCCGCGCUCGGACUCGAGGACUUGCCUGUCAUUGACGCUGUCCUCCUGAGCCACGAGGACCACGUCGACAACCUCGACACAUCCGGUCGCACAAUGCUGAAUGGCCGCCACGUCUUCACCACCCUCGACGGCGCCAAGAACCUCGCUCCUCGCCCUGGCGUUCGUGGACUUGCACCCUGGGAGUCCACGACGGUCACGCUGAACGGCAAGCAGUUCAAAAUCACGGGAACGCCCACCCAGCACCUGCCUGGCGGAGAGUGCACGGGCUUCGUGCUCGAGUCACCCUCCUUUGGCGUGAACGAGGCGGACGGUCUGCCGAACGUUGUGUACGUGUCGGGCGACACGGUGCACAUUCCGCAGCUGGCGAACGAGCUUCCGAAGAGGUACCACGUUGUGGUGGCGCUCAUGAACCUCGGCAAGGCCAUCGCCCCACUACCGACGGGACCUCUUCAGAUCACAAUGGACGGCGCGCAAGGAGCUCAGCUCACUCGGGACAUUGGCGCAGAGAAGAUGGUGCCGCUGCACUUCGAGUCGUGGAAGCACUUCACGGAAUCCGUCGAGGACGCCCGUGCUGAGCUGGCUGCGGACGCGAAUAUCAAAGACAAGGUCGUCUGGGUUGUCCCUGGCGUGAAGACGGUGAUUGUGUGAGGUGUGACCUCUUUCAAGGGCGAAGAUGGAAAGCCUAGCUAUUACCCGGGAUCUAGGUCAGCGUGUUGUUCGUAUCCGUAAUUUUCUUCUUGUUUUAGUGGUCGCACGAAUUGCUCCACGACUUUUUUUUCAAAC